CUUUAUGAUAUCCGACAGUAUAACCUUCAUCUGAUCAGAAAGUCAGCAAUUUAUCAAAAUAUAACAACAUUAAGGAACGAUUCACAACAAUUCGUAAUUUAAACUUAGACGAAUAUUAUUUUCUAGUGUAUUAUUAUUAUUAAUAUUUAAUAAUCAUGGAGAUGCACGAUAUGCCGUACCUUUUAAGAUCGUAUAUUGAAACAACAUCUGGUAAUAAAAUAAGCCGCCAAACUGUUCUCUGCGGCUCACAAAACAUCAUUCUCUUAGGCAAAGUUAUAGUUCAGGAAGAUGCAGUUAUUAGAGGUGACUUGGCAAACAUAAAAAUGGGGAGGUUUGGUGUUGUCUGCAAAGAUGUUGUAAUUAGACCAUCACACAAAAAGUUUAAUGUUGGUGUUGCAUAUUUUGCCCUGAACAUUGGAGAUCAUGUCUACAUUGGAGAGAAAACAGUGGUGAAUGCAGGCAUAAUUGGAUCUUAUGUAUACAUUGGUAAAAAUUGUGUGAUUGGUCGAAGGUGCCACUUGAAAGAUUGCUGUGUUAUUGAAGAUAACACAAUCCUAGCACCUGAUACUGUAGUUCCAUCUUUCACUAGAUAUGGAGGAUCACCAGCUCAACAUGUCGGUGAUGUUCCAGAAUGUCAAAUGGAUCUGAUGGUGGAUUACACAAGAAACUAUUAUCAACAUUUUGUACCAACCAAACAAUAAUACUAAUUUCUAUGUUAAAUUAUUUAUAAUUUGAUCAUAAUCAUUAUGAAUCAUGCUUAAACAUUGCUUUAUUAAAUAAUUUUAAGGUUAAGUUAAAAGAAUUGUAAUUAUCUACACACUACACAACAUAAUCUUUAUUUCUGUGAGAUCACAACAAAAUUAUUACAAGAAUAGAUUUCUUUGACAUGCAUUUAAUAAUAACAUCUCACACUCACGCUAAUUUAUAAAUAAACGUUAAUAAUCACUUGUUUUACUUAAAAUUUAAA